UUGGAGCGGCGGCGAGGGCGGGCGAGGGCCGGGGAUGCUGUAGGCGGCGGCGGGCGAGGAGCGCGACGGGCGCGCCUCCCACCGCCCCGGGGCGCGGCCUCACCGGCGCAGCCGCCCCGCUCCGCACCGCGCCCGCACCCAGCUCAGCAUGGAGCGCAGGGUGGCCCGUGAGUUCCGGCACAAGGUUAAUCUACUAAUUGACAAUGAAGCGGAGAAAGAUUACCUUUAUGAUGUGCUGCGGAUGUAUCACCAAUCUAUGAAUCUCCCAGUGCUCGUGGGGGACUUAAAACUUGUGAUUAACGAACCAAGCAGAUUGCCUCUAUUUGAUGCUAUCCGCCCACUUAUCCCAUUAAAACACCAGGUGGAAUACGAUCAGCUUACGCCAAAAAGAUCACGAAAGCUGAAAGAGGUGAGAUUGGAUCGUUUGCAUCCUGAAGGACUUGGAAUAAGUGUGAGAGGUGGAGUGGAAUUUAGCUGCGGCCUCUUCAUCUCCCAGUUAGUUAAAGGAGGACAGGCAGACAAUGUUGGACUUCAGGUUGGAGAUGAGAUAGUUCGUAUAAACGGAUAUUCUAUUUCCUCGUGCACACAUGAAGAAGUCAUAAACCUCAUUCGUACAAAGAAAAUAGUGUCCAUAAAAGUAAGACAUGUUGGCAUGAUACCUGUCAAAAGUUCAGCAGACGAACCCCUUAAAUGGCAAUAUGUGGACCAAUUUGUGUCAGAGUCUGAGGAAGGGAAGGGCAGUGUUGCUGGUCUUGCUUCUUCUGGAGGGAGAGACAAUAAAGAGAAGAAAGUUUUCAUUAGCUUGAUUGGUACAAAAGGCAUGGGAUGCAGUAUUUCCAGUGGUCCAACACAAAAACCAGGCAUUUUCAUCAGUAAUGUUAAGCCGGGUUCUCUUUCAGCAGAGGUGGGCUUAGAGGUCGGUGAUCAGAUCGUUGAGGUAAAUGGAGUGGACUUUUCUAAUGUGGAUCAUAAAGAGGCUGUCAGAGUGCUCAAAAGUAGUCGUACUUUGACUAUCUCGGUGGUAGCAGGCGCUGGAAAGGAGCUGUUUAUGACUGAAGAUGAAAGGCAGAGAGAAGCACGUCUUCGUGAGCAGGAACGCCAGGAGUUAAUGCAUCAGAAGCGACUUGCACUGGAGACUAACAAGAUCAUCAAAGAGCAGCAAGAGAAAGAGAGAUUAAGAAAACUGGAGAUUUCCCAGAAGGCUGCAGAGGAAGAAGAGAGAUAUCGCAGAGAAAUAGAGCAGAUAACAGCAGAGGAGGAGAAAUUUAAAAAGGAGUGGGAAGAAGACUGGGGUCCUAAAGAACCUCCCAAAUCUCUAAAAACUGUAACUGCAGAAGUGCACUCUGCCCCUCGUUCCAAACAGAAGACUUUUGGAUGGUUUUAUCGGUAUGAAGGAAAAUUUCCCACAAUCCGCAAGAAAGGGAAAGAGCGAAAGAAGUCAAAAAGUGACAGUCUGUGUGAACAGAAGAAGAAUAAAAAGGAAAUGGAGUUUGAGCAAAAACUUGCCAAAGAGAAAGAAGGAAUGUUGGAGAAAGAAAAACAACUGAAAAUAAAUCGUCUUGUGCAAGAGGUAUCUGAGACAGAACGAGAAGACCUGGAAGAAUCAGAAAAGGUGCAGCACUGGGUGGAAAGACUUUGUCAGACACGGUUAGAACAGAUUUCCUCUGUGGAGAAUGAGUCUCCUGAGUUGACAAGUGGACGUCCUUCCGCUUCUCCUCCUGCCACAUCAAUGCGGCGUUUUGCUGGUGGCCUGCAGCUUCAUACCACAGAUCUUGAUGAUAUAAACUUAGACGAAGUUGACAAGCCUAAACAACGUGUGGCACCACCUCUGCCACCACCACCCAUUGUUACUCCAGGACCAUCAGCUUAUCCACUUCCUACAUCAAAUGUUCCGCUUUCAAGAGGUCCAGCCCUGGCAGUAACACCAGCUUCCCAGGUUGUAAGAAACACCUCCCACGUCGGCAAAGUACCUUCUGUGUCAAGCAAUCCGCUGCAACUUGCUCCAAGUCCACCUACCCAACGACAUCCAGGUGUACCAAUAGUCUCUAAACCAGUCAUGCUGCAUCCUGACCCAAACUUUAUGGUCAGGCCAACAAUCAAAUCAGAGGCUCUGCCACAAGAGAUGUUUAAAAGGAUGGUGGUUUACAAUUCAUCAUUUAGAUCUAACAAAAAACAAGGCUUCCAGAAGUAUUUGGAAGAUUUUGAUCCGUAUUCAAUGUUUACACCAGAGCAGAUUGUGGGAAAAGAUGUACGGCUGUUACGAAUUAAAAAGGAAGGAUCAUUAGACCUUGCAGUCGAGGGAGGAAUUGAUUCUCCAAUUGGAAAGAUAGUCGUGUCUGCCAUCUAUGAGGGUGGUGCUGCAGACAAACAUGGAGGCAUAGUGAAAGGGGAUGAAAUCCUAGCUGUAAAUGGCAAGAUACUAAUUGACAGCAAGCUGGCAGAAGCACAGGCAACUCUAGCAAAAGCUUGGAAUAUGGGUGGGGAUUGGAUUGACUUAGUCAUUGCGGCAUCACCUCCAAAGGAAUAUGAUGAUGAAGUGACAUUCUUUUAAAGAAGGCUACACUGGAAAAAUGAAGUCUUUCCCCUGCAGAAACCUGCUGCUCUGUAAAUUAAUAGGAAAUCAAUAACCAUAUGAAAUGCAUCUCUAUUUGAAAGAAAUGUGAGCAAUCAGACCUAUAAAUUGAGCUAGAGACUUCAGAUUUUUCAGGUAAUUGGAGUAAUUUCAAAUCAUUCUAUAGACAUACAGCAAGACGUUUUUGCAGAAUCAUUGAGGACUGCCAGUAAGCAUAGUUUGGUCUGUGAGAACUCAAUCUAUUUGUUGCUAUUUCGGGGGGCGCAAAUUUUGAAAAUAGUCUUCCAAUUUUCCUGGAAAUAGACACCAAAAUGGCAAACGAAGAUAGAACACAGAUGUCUGUUCCCACAUGCAACACUUGUGAUUACAUGUUCACAGGCCAGUUUGGGUGUGAAAAAGAUUAUAUUUUUACUCUGUAAGAAAUGAUUUUCCCUGGAGAGAUGGGGAAUGUAUAUAGGUAACUUCUGUUCUCACUCAUAUUCUUCUGGUUCUCUUACCAUCCAUUUCUGCUGGUUAGUUGUGAGUUGUUUUUGAGUAUGAAAAUCCUGCUGGUGGAAGAACCAGUAAUACCAUGAGUGCUAGCAUUAUAAGGAAUAAUUUUGGUGAUGCUUAUACAGUAUAAAGAACCUUCUCUACCAGCAAUGUAAGCAGCUAGCAAGAAGUCCAGAUAAAAUCAUGAUGUGUAGUCACAGUUAUACUACCAAGUAUUUGUAUUGGUGGCAAAAAUUACUCCUUCACGUAGUCAUGGGUGGAAAAUUUGGGUGUAGUUCACAGUCUGCAGUUAUGUACUUUGUUCUCAGUGAGGCUAUAUAUGUGACUAAACUGUGCAGGAAAUCAUGAAGUAUAACAUUGCACUCUUGGUGACUAUAUGUCUUCUGUUUAAGUAAAUUACUCAAGACCAUCAAAUCUAUACUAACCUGGCAUAAGUAUGAUUACAGUUGUAGACUUAGUAAUUUAUGUUAUCAAGAUAUAUCCCUUUUGAAAUGUCAUUGUCUUCUUUCCUUCCUUGUAUCUGCCAGUUUGUAUUCUGUUUUUCACGUUGUGUUUGGAUUUUUCUUACCUGGACUAAUGAGAUCCAGUUUAUAGUUCUUUGUCAUGCUUUUUCAAGAUUUGGAAACCCUUCUUUUUGUAACACAGGAAAAUAACAAUUGCAUUCCUGAGAACUCUGUACUUAAACAGAGAUGAUUAAUUACAUUGACUUUCUUCAUUUGCAGUAUUGUUCCCAUAUGCCAAUUCAUGUGUCUGGCAGGGUACACAUGUUAGAAUGUUUAAAAUUUUAAUUCUUACAACUAACACGGAAAUAAAAUUGCA